CUUAUAGACACAACAGGGGCAGCAGGGAAAAUCCACUAAUUCCCUUCACUGCCUUGGUCACCAAGAGGAUUAGCCAGGAGUUUAUCAGUCCCGAGCAGGUGGCCUAGCAACAGCCAGGAGCUUGUAAACAGCAGAGAGGAAGCAGCAGAUCUGGUCACCGCCUUCCCCAGCCCAUUCAGCACCUUGCAAAGUGCAAGACUCUUCCAUUGAGCAUUUCGCUCCGUGCCCCACGCUUCCCAACUCCUGCAGCUCUGGCGCCCUGAAGGCAGGGACUCAAUGAGGAAACCUAGCUCCCCAUCACUGCCCCAUUGGUGGCUGCUUCGCUCGCGAGCCUGGUGCAGGUGGCUCCUGUCUCUAGUAAGGACGACCCUGUCUGGGCUGCUGGUGCUCUGGAGGCUGAUGUGGCACGUGUUGUUCUGCUACAAGGUUUUCUGGGAGCUCGUGUUCCAUUUCGUGCGUGAGGUCAGCGCAGCGCUGGGAUCGUGGCUGGAGAGCUGUAGCGAAGAUUGCGAUGGGGGUGGCGCUUGCAUACCUGUUCCUGGCCGGCAGCAGCCCGGGGCAGGCUGUGGGGAGCUGCAGAGGCUGCAGGACGCCAGCACUGCCGUCCUGGAAAGGCUUAUGGGGCUGGAGGCUGAGGUCAAGUAUGUCAGCACUGAGCUGCGUGCAGAGAAAUUACUGUGGAGCAGCAGGUACCUGGAGCUGCUGAGGGAGCAGCAGGAGCUCCGUGAACAGUUCCAGGAGUGGGGACGGAGCCAGGGGCCCGAGGCCAAGGACACCCUGGAGAUGCAGAGCAAAGCCGAGGCUCCCAGUGCGGAUGGAUCUGAUGGGUGGUGCAUGGGAGACAGCGGCUGGGGCCUCCAGACGCCGUCAGGGGAGCGGCCGCAGCCUGUCCGGCCAGACACGAGCCCCUGCUGCACGCUUCAGCGCUGUCCUGCUGCCAGCUGCCCAGGCCGGGCGUCCGCAUCUUCGGCUUUCGCAUGCUUCAUCCCCAGGCCCAGCUCAGCACCCGUGGACGUGGGCAGCACCCAGCUUCGCAGGGCCCAGCAGCACCCUGGUACCCGGGCGUCCGUGCCACGUUCACCAUGGGACCUGCGCCUCGGGCACAGAGACAAGGUCCUGCUGCAGUCAGGCGGGGUCGGUGCGGGCACCGUCCGGUACCUGGGGGUCUUCCCCGACCAGGCCGAGGUCUCCGUGGGAGUGGAGUUAGAGGACCCGGGUCAUGGGGCACACGACAAUGUCCUGGUGGGGCACUGCUGCUUCCCCUGGUGGGUCCUUCCUCUCCUCAGCGGGGCACGGGCAUUGGGCACUCGUGGGGCUGGUCCCAGGGUUGGGGCCCCUCCCUUGCACACUGGGAUGCCUGUUGGCACCACACAGCGAAGACGCUCGUAGUUUAGGCUCAGCCAAAGGGAGGGGAGCCACAGAUGGAGGGAGGCGGGGUUAUUUGGAGGGACGCCCAUGGGAACAACAGGAGCGGCGUGCAGCCCCGUGCACCAAGGUUGCGGAGUGGGUGCUGGUAUGAGCAGCAGCCAGUGGGGGGCGCUGGAGAGCAGUGCUGAGGCACUGGGCCUGGUCCCUUUGCAAUCGCCCCAGCCAGGGACUGGGCACAGGCAGAAGUCUCUGCAGCCCUAAGUGGCCUGGAAUCGCCCAGCCCUGCAGAGGAUGAGCCAGCCCUGCGGGGGCCAUGCUCUGAGCUGUACGAACGGCAGCCGUGCUCUCGGCAGCCCUGGCAGCAGCUUCACGCGCUGUGUCUCUGUGGUUUUAUUGCUGCAGCAAAGCCGGCCAUGGAGCGUUCGUGCCCUUCCGCAAAACGCUGAUGGUCGGGGAAUAGGCCCCCACCCUCGGCAUGGCGUUGAGCGGGAAACAUUCGCGGGGCGACAGGAAAUGGCCUUUGCCCAGGGCUGGGCCCAUGGGGCACAAGAGGGGCCAGGAGGAAGAGCCCAGCAUGACUGAGCUGCAGCAAGACCCGGAGCAAAGGGCCUGAGCCGUGUGGAAAGCCAGACGCACGGCAGGACCCGUUCCACCAGCAGCAGGUCGUCUUGGGACCCUGGGGACUGUCACUUCCGAGAGGGCAACACCAGGCUGGGGCAGGUUCGGCUUGUGAGCGCCCGACCAAGCACCAUCGGCAGGGCAGGCGCCUGGGCAGGGGCCAUUGCACUGCGCAGAGCCCACUGCCCUCCCGCUAGGCAAGGCUAGAGCUGAGGGGAAGGAUCAGGCUCCCUGCUAGCCAGAUUACCUCUCAGAGGACCGUCUCUGGGCUCUCUGCCUGUGUUCAGCUACUUCUGGAGUAGCUUCGUCUGGGUCAGGGGACUGCUCCCUCUGCCUCGCGUCUCAGCAUAAGGGCUCCCUGCACACACACCCCCUGCCCCUCACAUGGGGCACUAACAAUGUGUGGCCAAGGGUCGGGCACUGGCGACUUGGGCCCCCACACUCGUGGUCCUCAGGUUGUGUGCCGCGUUCUCUGAAAGGCCGACAGACCCACUCCCCCGCGGGCUGGCAGAGCCUGCCGAUGGUGCCACCCACCACUGGCUCGUGGCUGGGCUGUGGGGCUACAUACUGGCCCCAGGGGCCACAUGUAACUGCAUGUGCGGCAUCUGUUGGGUGGGGAGCCAGGAAACCACCUCCCCACCAAAUUCACUUGGAAACAGAGGCCUCCCACUCCCAACUCCCCAGGCUUGACCAAGCCCUGGUGUCUUUGCAGUGAGGCUCCCAUGAGCAGCUGCACCAGCCCAGUCUAUCUAUGCCGCCCCCCCGGGUCCACUCUCACUGCAUGACCCUAGUCACUCCUUUGGUCUGUCGGUGUUUGCCUGGCCCUGGGGGGGGAUGAUGCCCCUGCAGGGGGGCUCUACCUUGCGCCAGGCCCUGGCCUCAGGCGUCACCUGCCUGACUUUGGUGCCCCAGGUUUUGGUGAGAAGAAAGGACAAGCUGUGGCCUGCUGGCAGCUGGCUCCAGCAGGCUAGGCUGAUUCACGGGAAGGCGUGAAGUGUCUUGCCCACCAGCCAGCUGCCGGGAACCCAAACCAGCCACAAACAUGGGGAGCUGGGAGCAGCCAGCCUAGGGAGAACUGAAAUCACAGGAGGGAGGGGAACCAGAGACAUGCCAGGCUGAGCCAAGGGCAGUCCCGCUCCAGGGAUGUCACGUCAGCACUGGCCCCAGCUCCUGCCAGCUGGGUACACAACUGUAUCAGCAAACGGGGCUGGAGUGACUGCCAGGAAACAAAGCAAACAGGCCCGGGCUUACCUGCCCUGCCAGGAGCUGGGGCAGGCCUGGCCUCUCGCCCAGAGAGCCAAGGGAGGGGACCAGCCCCGGCCAGCACUGGGAGUGGGCUCAUGCAGGCCCCUUGGCCAGGCCCAGCCCUGCUGCGAGCGGAGAGAGCUCCCGCCCCCAGCCCUGGCCCUGCAGCGCUCCCAGCAGGUCUGUUUUGUAACUGGGUGGUUUGUCCUCAGCCCAGGCUCCUUCCUGCUACCCAGCCCUUUCCCGGUAGUGAUCAGGGCUCAGCGAGAAGUCAUAAACCGGGGCCUAGCCCACGGCAGGGGUGGCCCUGGCAUGCUGGCUGCACCAGGAGUUACAGAACACCCGUCAUGCUGCUAGCGCACCAGGCUGCACCGGGCAUCCUGCUGCUGCAAGCUCUGUGCCCCUGGGCAACGGCACCAGGCCCACCUCACGGUUGCUGCCACCAUGCUGCUGACGCGGCGGGGAGAGAGCAGCACCUCCCCGCUGCAGGGCACCUCCGCGUUCUGUCCUGCCCGCCCAGCGCAGGGCUUCCAGCUCGCUCAGGCGGGUCGGGGAGCCCCGCGGCCAGACACCCGCUCUGCUGCUCCGGGGCCUCUGGACAGGGGCACAGAAGACACUGCUUGGGAUGGAGAGGCAGUUGGGGUGAGCGCCCCCCUCCUGCUUAUGGGCUCCCAUAUGGGAAGCCAUGCAGAUACUGGAGAAACAUCCAGCUUCUGUCCACAACCUCAACAGCCCCUCCAAACCCUCGUCCUGCUCGCCCGUCCUGGCCACACCCUGACACUGGUAACGACCGAACAGGGAGGAAACCUUCUAGGCGACGAACUGUGCCCCAGCCCCAUCUUCACGUGCCCUUCAUCCCUGCCCCUACUCCCCCGUCUGCCCCUGGCCCUGGCCACUGCAUGCUCGCCAAAGGUAGCCCCACCCCAGACCAGCAGCCGUUUCCGGGGCUAACGCUUGACCAGUGACCUAGAAAAGAGGAAUAAAAGACAAUGCAGCAGUAGCAUGGAAAGGCUGCAUUUGCUCCAGGACACUGUGCCGUUGUAAAGGUCACAGCCAAACAGCUGUUCCUGCUCUGUGCUCGGUCGGCUGCCAGCCAGCCUGCCAGACACCCACUCGGGCAGUGAGCUGGACACACUCGCUGCACACAAAGAUGCUGGCACAAACUGGGGGCAAGCCGCCAAAGGAGGCAGUGAGAUGGACAGCCAGGGUCCCUGCCCAGGCACUUGGAGGCUGCAUCCUGGCUGCUGCUGAGCCCAAGGGGACCGGUGGUCACACCUGGACUGCAUGCCUGGGCCUAGCUGCACUAAGAGACAUGGUACCCAGGUUUCAAGCAGGCUACAGCUGCCCCGUGGUAGCCAUGGGGUAAAUGCUAGUGCAGAGCCCUAAACACGCCCAGACCUGGCUAGUCGUCUGCUUCCACCACUGGACCCAGCCAGGGUGAAUGACAGCAACUAAGGUCACUAGGGCCCAUUCAGCAUUGGCCUGGGUUCGAUGUCUCAGUGUUUGGAGAUGGGUUUCUUGGCCAGACUAACCCCAGGGCCAGCACGGAGAGGACACUGACUCUGCCCUUUGGUUUGCUUUGCUUAGACACGAUUCCCUCCUGGUCAGCUGUUAUUCCCAUUGAACGUCCUAGCUGCUUAGGAGGCCUUUCUGGCCAGCAGACAGAGUGACUCUCUCACACGCUCUAUCAUCCCUGCCUGGCCCAGCCCUGCUCUCAGCUACAGCAGUGGCAAGCUGGAGGAGCACCACCGCCUCCGCAUGAAGCGACCCCCAUGGUUGGGUCUCUGACUGUAAUGUAAGAAGGCCUGACAAACCCUUUAACGCAGAGUUACACCCCUGUGUGUUUCACCAGCCCCUCAGCUUGGCCCAGCCAUUGUAGUUAUGGGCUGGCACUGGCAGGAAUUAAUCUAGGCUACAGGCAAGUCUCUGUCUAGCUCUCAGUUCUGGUUUGCUGCAGGUUCUCUCAGUCACCAUUCUGCAAAGCUCAGGCCCCCCUCCUCCAGCCCAGCCAGCAGAACUGCAGCUGUUUCCAAAAAGAGGAAAUAAAGCCUUGCAGGUCUGGGCUGUGAAGGAAAGUGCUGGGCACCUAGCCCUAAUGCGAGCUCUGCUAGUUAAGAGCCACAGGGUGGCUGCCCUGCUUGCACCUCCGCCAGGGCAAGCGUGGUGAAAGCUUCUCUCUGGGUGCUUUCCUCUCCAGCAGCUGCUGUGGCCAAGACCAGGCAAUGAUGACAGAAGCCAGAUUUUCUUCUCCUGCUCUGUCGCUCAGCAGCCAGUGGAUGCCCACAAACAUUCAGCGAAAGCAGUGAGCACAAGGCUCUGUGGGGGCAGGGGCUGACCAGCCAGUCUGUGGGCUUCCCAGAUAGGCUGUGUAAUAGCUGAGAAGCUGGUGGCUUGCAAGUGGCCCUGAUGCUGGAGUCUGGGUGAUUGGGUGGGUCUGGCCCAUCUUUCAGCUCAUUCCCACCACCUGAGAUGGACAAACCUCUUUGACAAUGCAGGUCAGAAAGCCCAGCCCAGCCCACCGGCUGAAGACACUUGCUCUGCAGCUCCUGCCAGCUCCACCCUUGGUCCUGGCUGCUGUCUCCGCUCACUUAUCUGGGCAGGUCAUGCGGAGGUAGACUCUGAAUCAGCGUGGGAGGCAAACUGGGAGCCAGCAGCUGGAGGGGAUGAGCUCCAUACGAAGUGGUGUCUUCCUGCUGCUUUCAGGCACAGGGUUUUACGUUAACGCAUUCUAGGGGUGGGAAAUGUGUGUGCCACCGAGGCUACGUCCUCACCGGAGAAUGAGGGGGCACUGGGCUACCUGGGCAGGCAGGGUCAGCGAUCAGUCUAUUCUCAUGGCCAAAGUGGGAUUUAAGAGGUGCCAAGGGCUUGUGCUAGGCUCUGGGACGCCCUGCUGCACCUGGACGUGAGCAGCGUCACGGCCAGCAAGUUCUGGUAAGUCAGACCUGAGGUUAGUGCUGCUCAGGCCCAGGCUGAGAUCAGUCAUUAGUUCUAGUGUAACCCUUCUGCCUGUCGGAGUUGGCAGCAACAAGCACCAGGGUCAGGAUCUAGGGGUUCCAUUCCAAUAACACAAUGCAAGACCGGCUCGAGCCCCCACCCAGCGACCUGGGACAAAUAUAUACCACCCCCGCUGGGCGCCUCCAAGAGGCAAUUCUUCCCCUCUCACAAGCACAGAGUCUGAGUGUAGCGAAAAACAUUUUAAUAACAGAUUUCAGAGUAACAGCCGUAUUAGUCUGUAUUCGCAAAAAG